GAACUGAUAAGAUCAAGGUGGUCUGUUGCUGGUUCCUUUGCAGCCAGCAACACGGAAGAGACAUUUAUGUCUAGUCUGUGUUGGAAAGGGCACAAGAUAUACUCUAGAAAGCAGAUCUGACUAGAUUAAGUCUGCUUCGCUUCUGGAUUAUGUAUACUAUGCAAGAAGUAGAGGGGAGAUAGGGAGAGAAAGGAAGAAAAAAUUCUGCAGCAUGAUAAAUGUCUUAAUAUGGACGACUCUUCAGUAAAUCACUGGAGUUUUAAGGAUUCUGUUGAUUUCUGAAAAAGGACAUAAGACCAAGGUAUUACACUUUCUGACAUUUUUAAACCAUCAACGAGGAAAAAAUAUAAGAGAUCUGUGUGACAACAGAACGAUCAGGGAUUACAAUGGUGUCUGUGGAUUUAAGAUCACUGAUACUGCCAGUGGGAAUAGUGCGGAUUUUUGAAUUUGUCCUAACUUGUAUCUGCUUCAGUCUUGUGGCCUCUGUGGGCCACAUCAACUCGUCAUACUGGGCCUGGUGCAUGUUCACUUGGUGCUUCUGUUGUUUCAUGACCCUUUUCAUCCUCAUCCUGGAGUUCACUAGGCUCAACAAUAAAGUGCCCAUCUCUUGGGAUGACUUCACUACUGCCUUUGCCAUGUUGGCCACACUUCUGUUACUAGCUGCCUCGAUCAUCUAUCCUACCAUCCAUGCUUGCCCCACAUGCAUCAGGGAGAUUUGUGCCUCUGUGGUGUCCUGGAUAUGUUUGGGGCUGUAUGCUGUAGAAGUCUGGUUGGCCUUCAGAAGACCUGGCGAGAUAAGUGGUUUCCUCUCCACUGUUUCUGGCCUUUUGAAGAUCCUGGAGACCUUUGUGGCCUGUAUCAUAUUCGCCUCCUUGGAUCCUACAAUAUAUAACUUACCUGGGCUCCAGUGGUGUGUGGCCAUCUACUCAUUGUGCUUCAUUUUUGCCUUGCUCAUCAUCCUCCUCACCAUUGGGAGAUUGGUGUCAGCAUUUCCCUUUCCUUUUGACAAGCUAGUCACCAUCUACAACAUCCUUGCUGCAGUGCUGUACAUGACUGCUGUUGUCAUCUGGCCAUUAUAUGCCUUUGAGAAAUACUCACGCCCUAUUUGGAAUAAGUUGGUGGUGGUGACCUUCAUGACUGCAAUAAAUGUCUUAGUCUACAUUUUUGACGCAGCCUACUCCAUAAAACUUGUAUUCUUUAUCCGACAGGAGUGAGGUGCGCCAAAUCUUUUGCUCUAUCAACACCAUCUGAUUAAGUAUGGACGUAAGAUACUUUGCCAUUGAUAAUUGAUGAUCUUAUUUUCAUUGUAUAUGUUUAUGGAAAAGAUUAAAUGUAUGUAAGAAGUUGUUUCACCUAUCUUUCAUUGUUUUCUGCAGCUGCAGUUGAAAUUAAUGAUUAUUCAUAUGCUGUUUGUAAGCACAAUUAAUUGCCAGCAGCACUUUGAACCACAGUGUUUGUUCCACACAUUAAUAUUUGAGCUCCUUUCCUAUUUGUGGUCAGCUGGAUUACAGGAAGUUUUGAGAUCAAAAGGGUUUGGUGACCAUAUUAUAUAACCAAAAUAAAAUAUAUUUAAAACCCAAAACAGA